AUGUUCACGAAAUCCCCACUAUCAAAUACGAAGCUAGGCAAUAUACUUGCUCACCAACGGCCUGGUAUUCUACCAAGGCAACCGAUAGCUCGGCCAGCUAUGUAUGUUUUGGGUGGCGUCCGACAUGAAUCUAUCACGAAAAAGUGGAAGGGAGCCUCGACAGAUGACCAUACUACCCAGCGAUCCCAGAGUGGAGAUACACAUGAUCCUACUGCUGAUGCAGCGGCUGCUGGCAUGAAGGAAAGAGAAACCAACGAAGGGAUCGCAGACAGAACCAAGUCGCAGGGAACAACACAGAGAGGUGGAGUUGCGCAGGGUAGAAAAGCGAAACAGGAACAUCCAGCAGCUCCAGAGCCUAUUAUUGGAAUGAAUGAUGAACGAGCUCAGAAGGGACAUUGA